UUGCAUCACUUUAGCAGUGGCCUGUAGCAAAUUUCGCCAGGUUGUGCCAGACUCUCCAAUGACAGCCAACGUUAUGGCUGAGUGUCUGGUCGGGGACAUCGGUUGAAGUUGACAGUUUUCCACCGCUAGGAUAAUUUUAUUACGCCAACUCCUGAUUUUCAACCCAAGGUGCGACUCUGAUGCACGAUUCGAAUCUCCUCUAAGUGUAGGAACAUGGAGUCGUUACUGGGAUUAUUCGACCCUGGGGAAAAGAAACAAUCUCGGAGCAAAUGGAAGGACUUUGAAGGGGAGAAAAAUGGAUCGUUUGACUGUGAAAAUUCUGGAGCCGACGAGGACCGUGAAGGUAGCAAUGUAGAAAACGAAGUGAGACUGCCCCCGGAACCAGAACAGGGAAAUAUAGAAUAUAAGUUAAAGUUGAUUAAUCCGUCUAGUCAAAGAUUUGAGCAUCUUGUGACUCAAAUGAAAUGGCGGCUUCAAGAGGGUCAUGGCGAGGCUAUUUAUCAAAUUGGUGUCGAGGAUAACGGGAGACUGAUAGGCUUGUCCAAGGAUGAGAUGAAAGCAUCCUUGAAGACACUGACUGACAUGGCAACCAGACUCGGAGCCACGACGAGCAUUCUCCGAGAGAGAAUCGCUAGUCGUAAACACAAAAAUAGCAAGAUUAAAAAGCUCGACCUGGAGGACAGGAAAGUAGCGGAAGUCUUAGUGAAGAAACUUAGGAAAUAUGACAGAGUAGAUCAAGAUAGCAUGGUAGAAUUGAGACUGGCCGUCACUGGUGGGCAAGAUGCUGGAAAAUCUACCCUCUUAGGUGUAUUAACACAAGGAGAAUUGGACAAUGGCAGAGGAAGAGCCAGGCUGAACAUGUUUCGCCACCUUCAUGAAAUCAGGAGUGGACGGACUUCCUCGAUAUCGCAUGAGAUCAUUGGAUUCGAUAGCGAGGGGAACGUCUUAAAUUAUGGAGAAAUGACAACGGCUGAAGAGAUAUGCGAGCAUUCGUCAAAAGUUGUUACAUUCAUUGAUUUGGCUGGUCACCGAAAGUACCUGAGAACGACGUUACUAGGACUUACUGGUUAUUCUCCACAUCAUGUUAUGCUUGUGAUAGCACCCCCCUUAAACGAGGCAGCACAAGAACAUUUAGCACUGUGCUUAGUUCUACGCCUUCCAUUUUUCGUUGUAUUAACAAAAAUUGAUCUCGGCUUCUGCGACACUCGUGAGCUGUUAAUGCAAUUAGAAGCCUCUCUGCGUACUCAAGGUUGUUCCAAACAACUAGUUCUGUGUAACAACAAUAAUGAUGUGCCGGAAAGUUGUGAAAUGGAUGUAAUUCCGGUAUUCACUGUCAGUUGUGUCACCGGAGAGGGCUUGGAGGUAUUAACUAAAUUUAUCAGAGACUUGCCCCCUACACAGAAUACCCCUGCAGAUUCUGACCCGGAGUCUUGUCUUUUCCAAAUCGAUGAGACCUUCAGGGUAGCAGGGCUGACCGAGCCAGUAUUGGGCGGUUUGUUAGUAAAGGGUGCAAUUGCACCCGGAGCACGACUGCUAGUGGGUCCUUUACCAAAUGGUGAAUUUAGACCUGUAAAAGUAGUUAGUUUACAUCGCAAUAAAGCACCUUGUUGUCUCGUACGAGCGUCACAAAGUGCCAGCUUAACUUUAGCACCUUCUACGAAUCGAGACCCACCUCUGCCACACUUAAGACCCGGAAUGGUGCUGGUCUCUUUACGUGAACACCCCCACGCCACUCUCUUCUUUCAGGCUACCGUCCUGAUAGUUUAUCACACCACUUCGAUAUAUCCAGGAUUUCAGGCAACGAUCCAUGUUGGUAACGUAAGGCAAACUUGUGUUAUCGAAGGAAUUAUGGAUCUGAAAGAGACUGGACUGCAAACGAAUGACAGAGCAUCUGUUUUAUUCAGAUUCGUUAGUCAUCCAGAGUAUCUCCAUGUUGGGAUGCACCUAUUGUUUAGAGAGGGCCGCACAAAAGGCAUCGGGAAAAUCACGCAAAUAUUUCCCAUGAUUGACUCGCAGAACGAACCAGAGCAAGUCUGCUAACUUCUGAAUAAUUAAACUAUUGAUUAAUAUUCUUGCUGCAGUUAACUAAUUACGCGGCAAGGAACGUGUUACCAUUACUGGAGAACUGUGUUAAGGUUCCGGAAUUUUCUAAACGAUAACGAGAAAUGUUUAGCAGGUACUUCGUUGUGAGUUAUCAAUUUACUAGUGCAAGCCUCGAGGUUUUAUGCACAUCGAUGCAGUAAGAUAUAGAAAAGAAUCCCUAGACCUUCGUUAAGAAAAAUAUUCAAAUAGUAAUGAGUGCACAUAAGUCCCCUUCUCUUUGUAUCGAUAAGAUAAGAAUGGGAUAAAUUAUCUCCCAAAGGCGGGAAUAACUAUUUUAUGCCUGACGUUACGAACAAUCUGUACAGUUUCGUUUUUUUCUCGAACUGCUCCCAAGGAGAUUAGAUCUUAACUUACAAAUGUAUAACAAUAUGUCUUUAAGAAAUGUUUCUUAUGCUUCGAUAUUUCGUUUGCUAUUUACGAGUUCUUUGUUCUAGCAAGCUCAAUGCGUACAGUGACUUUUGCUUAACAGUUUCACCGCAACAAAAAUGUUAGAACUAGUGAUAUCCGCCUAAUUCGGAAGAAGGAACCGUUUCUCCUUUCUUUUUCUUUCGAAUCGUUUAGUGUAUGUACAUUUACUAUACGCUAUUCGUACUAUAGAAUUUAAGACCAUAUUGUAUCUAGACGUACAGUACAAAUUAUUUUUUUGUAUAAAAAACGUGAUUCAUUUAAACGACUUCGGCGGUGGUCACUUCUGAUCCUAGUUAUCGUUGGUCGUAAAUUUAGGAAGAGGAAAGCGAGAAAGCUGCAACCGAGUUGAACAUUAUUAAAUAUAUUCGAUUUA